CACACGAAACGGUCGCCAAUUUUCCGGUAAUUUUCCGACUUCGCUUAUCGCCGUGUCCCAUCGCCUCAUUUUCCGUAGUCUCCUUAUCAGGCCAAGAAACGCGUCGCGUGGAAAUGCCGUCGGUGGAAAUGCAGCUGGCAUAAUUCGUUGCCUACUUCCCUGCACUGCAACAUAUCAACUGGAAUUUACUGACAGCUCAAUUAAUCACGCACCCACGCAACUAUGUUUUGGAUUUUACGGCGCACUGGCGCCGCCAACUUCUUCAACUCCUUUAACAACAACUGCAGUUUCUCGAAGGGCAAUUCGAAUGGUGGUAAUCAGAGCAACAGCACUCAAGACAAAUAUGUGAAGCGGCCCCCACGGAAGGCAUAUGGACGACUGAGUGCCGAGGCCGACGAUGCCGUGUCGUUGGGCCACAAAAUCGAUGAUCCGUUCGAUGAGCUGGACGACUUUGAAAUGCUGGCAGCGAACUCCAGAAGUAGCAGUCAUGCCCACAAUGAGCAACCUGGUGAAGCCAAUGGCAACGUCAAUGUCGACGGCCGUUCAGGUUCAGGAUCCGGAGGAGGAGCAGGUUGUGGGAUUGGAAAUGGGAAUGGGAACCUACCCUGCACUGAUGCCGAUUGCCAGGGCAACUACGAGGUGGAGAGCGCCCUAUGCGAACUGGGCCUGUGCCAGGCGAAAGCCAAACCAUCAAAGGACAUCAUCGGUGUAGGGAAUACGUCAACAUCGAAGGAGAUUAACGAAAACACAAUAAGUCGGCUGCAUGCGCUGGCCAUGGCCGAUGACGAUGAUGACUACGAUGAAUCACUUACCUGCAACGUAUGCGACCGAGCUUUUCAUUGUCACCGUCAGCUGGCAUCGCACCAGCAGAAGAAGCGACACUUUGGUUGCAGUGGCUGCGAUAGUUUGUUUCCCUCACUUAUGCUGCUGGAGCACCACAAGGAGGAGUUCGAGCAUUGGAGUGAUGAGGAGAUGGGUCGACGGGUGUGUUGCCGAAGAAACAGGUGCGACGACGAUUACUUUACGGACACCGACUCCUUUAUCAGUGAUGCGGAGAGCGAGGAUCUGGAGAGGUUGUUGUAAACACCCAACUUAAGGUCAGAACUAGGGAGAGCGACUGAAGGGAAGGCAGGGGGUCGGGACAUUAUUUGAAUCAACCCAACCGAAAAGUAGCCCCACCACCAGCCCCAUCAUUAAUGCUGGGCGGAAUAUCCUGCGGCGCCAACUUGAAUGGAAGGACAUCGGGAGGGCGCUCCGCUCGUCUUCUGAUGAAGAUUGACACACGGGGCGGACCGCUUGUCGCCCUAAUGAAAAUGAAUUAAACCCCAAUCUGGCAGAACGCAAAGCCGCCGCCAGCCAAACAAUGAAAAAUGUUGGCUAAAACCCAAUACCUAAUACCAAAAACCAAAAAAAGCAGAGGCGACAGCACAAGGUAUAAGAUACUUGUGGACUGUUGGUUGUCUGUCUACUUUUAGAGUUCAACUACAAGAGACCCUCGUUGGGGGUCUAAAAACCAAGUUAUAUAUAUAUAUAUAUAUAU